AGGUGAGGAAGAUACCACCCAGAAUGGGAUGAUAGAUCCGGAGGCGGAGUAGCCGAGGAGGUGAGGCUUACUCUUGGUGGAGUUUCUGGAUCUCUGCCUUCAGCCUUGCGUUGCUGCCUGCAACGAUUUUGUUUCUCUGCUCGCCGAGGAAGCCAAACACGAUGAAUGCCCCAAUAAUCGAUCCAUUGCAGGGGGAUUUCCCGGAAGUGAUUGAGGAGUAUUUGCAGCAUGGGAACAUGAAAUGUAUCUCCUUCAAUCGCCGAGGAACACUUCUUGCAGCUGGCUGUGCAGAUGGGAGCUGUGUCAUAUGGGAUUUUGAAACUAGGGGUGUUGCGAAGGAACUUCGUGAUAAAGCUUGUAUAGCACCAAUUACAAGUGUUUGCUGGUCAAAGUUAGGCCAUUACGUACUUGCUUCUGCUACUGAUAAAUCAUUGACACUUUGGAACAUCUUGACUGGUGAGAAGAUCACCAGAGUAACCUUGCAGCAGACUACUCUACAUGCUUGUCUGCAUCCAGGCUCUUGCACUCCAUCACUCUGCUUAGCUUGUCCUCUUUCUUCUGCACCAAUUCUUGUUGAUUUGAAUAAUGGAAGCUCCACCGUUCUGCCAGUUUCUGUAUCAGACACGGGGAAUGGAAGUGCUAUUCCUCACCCUCGAAAUAAAUUUUCAGAUGGUUCCCCACCUUUCACGCCAACUGCUGCAACUUUUAACAAGUAUGGAGAUUUGAUAUACCUAGGGAACUCCAAAGGGGAGAUAUUAAUCGUUGAUUCUAAAAGCAUCAAGGUAAAUGCAGUAAUUCCUAUUCCAGGGAAUUCUGUUGUCAAGGAUAUUGUUUUCAGUAGAAACGGACAGUAUCUUCUUACAAAUUCGAAUGAUCGAGUCAUUAGAGUCUACGAGAACCUUCUUCCAAAGAAAGGUGCUGCGAAGGAACUUGAGACUAUGACUGAUGCUGACAAUGCUGAUUUUUCUAGGAUAGACAAGCUAAAAGAAGCUGGCACCAAGUGCUUGUGUUUAUCACGAGAGUUUCAGGAUGCUGUGACAAGGAUACAGUGGAAAGCACCAUGUUUUAGUGGUGACGGUGAAUGGGUCAUCGGUGCUUCAGCUAGCAAAGGAGAGCACAAGUUGUACAUUUGGGACAGAGCUGGACAUCUCGUAAAAAUCCUAGAAGGUCCUAAAGAAGCCCUAAUUGGUCUUGCCUGGCACCCUCUUCGCCCAUUGGUGGUCUCUGUUUCGGUUGCUGGUUUGGUAUAUAUCUGGGCUAAAGACUACAUGGAGAACUGGAGUGCAUUUGCACCUGAUUUCAAAGAACUCGAGGAGAAUGAAGAAUACAUUGAGAGAGAGGAUGAGUUUGAUCUCAUGCCUGAAUCAGAGAAGGUGAAGGAGUUGGAUAUCAAUCAAGACGAGGAGGUUGACAUUUUAACGGUGGAGAAAGAUUCAUCUUUCAGUGAUUCAGAUGCUUCCGAGGAUGAACUAAUCUUCUUGCCAGUAACCCCUUUGCCCGAUGUUCCUGAACAACUAGACAAGUGUCUAGGAAGUUCAUUGAAGUUGGAGGACAGCAACCACACUAGCUCGCCAUUUUCGGUGGAAGCUGCACAAAAUGGUCAGACUAUUCUUCCUGCUUCGAGCCCUCUCGAAGUGAUAGGCAAUUCAACUCCAGAAGAUGCAGCUGGGACCGGGGGAUCGAAAAGGAAACGAAAGCCAUCAGCGAAAGGGAUGGAGCUACAGGCUGAGAAGGGUCGGAAGCCUUCCACAAAGAAGGGAAAGUUGUCGUCAGGUAAGUCGUCAAAAUUCAGAAACAAAAACGGAGAUAGGAUCGAAGCAAAUGGCACUGUACUUGACGAAUACACUGAGGAUGAUGUAACUGAUGAUUACCUAUAAACAUUGAACGACUUAAAUUGAUACCUAUUUUUUCUCGUUUGAGUGUAAUGCAUUGCGGACUCGAAUUCUUAGCUAAUCUAUUUCGAUGAUUGCUAGGGCAUGUAAUUGGUCUUUAGCAAACACUGAAGGCAAAUGAUGUUGAUAUAUAAUUAAAUAGUGAUGAGAUUAUGAACAAA